CGCUACUUCGGCAAUGGCGGCUUCGUCGAGGAUCGAGCAGAUCCAAGAUACGUUGGUCAAGGCACGAGAUGAGUUGUCCAAGGUGGACGAAAACAUUAAGAAGGUUACUGGUCGUGAUCCCUCAGAGUUUCGGCGUUUUGGACCCGGCAGAUUUAAUCGAGGUGGUCGAAUGAGGCGACUGUCUUCUCGGGAUGGUGAUCAACCUCCUGCAAAGCGAUUUGCUGGUGGUUCAGGACCCGAAAUCAGGUCAUUUGGUGUUGCUGCUGGAGGUGGAAAUCCGCCGGGCUCAGAUGCCAGAGUGCUGCAGGGAGCGAAUGCUGUUGAGCUAAGACCAAGAAGGGAUAGCAUGGGAGAAGACAGAGAAGAUGACCAGAACAAGCCGUCUAUCCAGUCUUCUGUGGUUGCCAAAGCUGGUGGAGCACGGCGUGAAUCGGUCAGUGAACGACCUGAAGACAAAGACCGAAACCGUCGCAUGUUCGGCCAGCUGAUGGGAACCCUGAACAAAUUUAAAACAGAGGCUCAGACAACGGCAGCAAAGCAAAGACAUCGGCAACAGAUUGAGAAUAGACUGGAAGAAGAGGCGCAGAAAGAACGAGAGGAGAUAGCACAAGAGCGCAGGCAAUUGUUUAAUGUUCGUCGUGUCAAGCAGCGUGAGCUGCGCAAGCUUGAGCAGCAAGUCAAUCUUUUUGAACUGAGUCAAGCUUGGCAGGCACAUGGUCAAGAAAUCUGUAGUGGCAGUUUUAUUAGGUUGAAGGCUAGUCCUUCUCUUUUCUAUAAGCCAAAAGAACAUAACGAAACAACUGAAAAGCUUGUGGUUGAGACACGGGAGAGCAUUGAAUCUGAAACUGAGGCUAGACGGAAAGACAUAGAAGUUCUCAUUGCUGAUAUGGAGCAGGUGGUUCCGAUGGAAGAAGAAAGAAAGAGUCAUGAAGAGGGAGGGAAGGGUGGCUCUGUGGGUGGUGGGUCUUUGGGUCCUGGGGAAGGGGGUCAAGAAGAGGAUGUCCUGAUGAGAAAUGUAGGUGAAGAAGGGCUUGAAGAAAUGGAAGGUGAGGGAGAAGGAGUAGGGGUUGAUGAUCAAGCAGAAGCAGCAGCUGCUACGGGAAAAGCGGAGCAAACAGUACAAAAUGGUAAUGACGGUGAUGGUUCCGUUGUGGUAGAUAUAGAUAAGGCGUCUGUAGAGAUGAAAGACCCUGAACUGCCAAGUGCAGAGUAACACUUCAUUGUGUUCUGCUAUAUUGGUCUACCUAGUGUUACAACAGUACAAGUUGCAUUUUAUGUACUAGGCAGUAUGCUACUUAGUAAUAAGGAUGUAGUGUGGGCUGGUGUGUGAUAUUGUUAAAUGUCCCUGUUUGUAGACUUCA